AUUAAUCUUCGGCUAAAUUCACGGCACCUGUACUACCGCCACUAGGGCAACUAAGAUUUUUUCCGUGUUGUCUUCUCCGAAGCAUAACAACGUUCCAGUCUGCAUCUUCCAACAUCCUUAACAUGACAUGGCCGGCGCAUGGCUACGUGUCUGCCAGGACCUACUUCGAACCGGCGGUCGCCUUCGCCUUCGCGGCGUGUACCCUGGCCGUUUGUCUCGUGGAACCGCGUUCUCCUCGUCUCUCAUCCCGUUAACCCAGCUUAGAUAUCGAUCUGAUUCGACUGCUACGUCUGCCUCAAUUCAGAACCCGAAGGUGGUGACGACGGGGAGGGUCUCCGAAGGCGACGAAGGUGUUGCCAAUUCUCCGCACCAGCGCACCUCUUUAAACGAUGCCGAGAUUGCUAAAUUUUCAGCCAUUGCGGAGACCUGGUGGGACUUUGAAGGGCCGUUCAAACCAUUACACAUGAUGAAUCCUACUCGUCUGUCUUUCAUUCGGUCCGCUCUUUGUCGACAUUUCAGAAAAAAUCCAUUUAGUAUUAGACCUUUUGAAGGAUUAAAAAUUAUAGAUGUUGGAUGUGGAGGUGGCAUUCUCUCUGAGCCACUUGCUAGGAUGGGAGCUUGCGUAACAGGCAUAGAUGCUGUCGAAAAAAAUAUUAAUGUUGCUCAAAUCCAUGCGGGAUGGGAUCCUCUUACAUCAUCAAUUGAAUAUAUUUGCACAACAGCUGAGAAAUUAGUCAGGGCCAACAAGCAAUUUGAUGCUGUGCUUGCCCUUGAGGUAAUUGAGCAUGUCGCUGAUUCCUCUGAUUUUUGUGAGUCACUUUCAGCUUUAAUUGCUCCCGGAGGAGCCACUGUGAUCUCUACGAUCAACCGCUCUGUGAGAGCAUAUGCUACUGCAAUUGUUGCUGCAGAAUACCUCCUUAAUUGGCUUCCAAGAGGAACUCAUCAAUGGUCCAAAUUUCUCACUCCAGAGGAACUUGUGCUGAUUCUACAAAGAGCCUCAAUCUCGGUGGAAGAAAUGGCAGGGUUUGUUUACAAUCCUUUGACUGGAGAGUGGUCUUUGUCAGACGACACCAGCGUCAAUUUCAUUGCAUUUGGAGUUAAGGGAACUUCUCUAACCAUUUAAUUUAACUAAUUGGUCCCUUUGAGAUAAAUGUUUUUUUUUUCUUCUUUUCAUUGUACUCUAUAAUAACUUUUGUAUUUUAUUUGGUUCUUAAAUGCACCAUUGCCAUUUUAUUUCUUCUA